AUGGAGGGGGUAACUGUAGGGCAGGUAUUUGACGCGGAAUGCAUUCUCAGCAAGCGACCGAGAAAGGGCAAGUUUGAGUAUUUGGUGAAGUGGAGAGGGUGGUCGUCCAAGCACAACAGCUGGGAGCCAGAAGAGAAUAUUUUGGAUCCCAGAUUACUGGCAGCGUUCCACAAGAGGGAACAAGAAAGGGAGCUGCUGUUCCAAAAAAAAGGCAAGAGGCCAAGGGGACGCCCACGGAAAAUUCUGGAACCUGCACCAACUGCCACAAAAGACAGUCAGUCCUCAUCCUCCUCUUCCUCUGGUCUUUCGUCAUCUGCCUCCUCCUCUUCCUCCGAUGAUGAAGACCAUGCGAAGAAGGCCAAACCGAGCCCCCGUGUGCGAGAACUCCACCCUGUCCCACAGAAGAGGCCGCAGAUCAUGUUGGCCAAACCUGAACCCGUCCGGAAGAAGCGUGGCAGGAAGCCUCUUCACCCUGAUCUGAGGGCUUUACGACAGGCAAAGAGCAGACCACCACCUCCCCCUCCGCCACGGCACCACCAAGUCCUACGGCAACACAGAGAUCCUCCUGCCACGCGAGAAGAGCCAAGGUCUUCGGUAAAGAAACCCCUGCAGCCAGCCAGCUUCACCUACACAGGGCUGAGUAGGACCUCCAGAGAGGAGGCUGGGUCGGGUUCCCAGGGCUCUGCCAGCUCUUUCUUGCAAACAGGCUCCUCCAAACCUGGGUCCCUCAACUGUAUGUGGGCCAAUCGCUCUUUGUCCACUUUGUCUCCGUCCUCCUCCUCGUCCUCCCACAACAAACCCAGUCCCUCCCCCCACAGCAAGAGCUCUUCUUCUGACCUCAAACGCUCCAUCUCAGACACGGGAGGCAGCAGCAGCAGAGUAGAGGUGCACAAGAUGUCUCCCUCACAUCUGAAACAAGGGGGAGGAUCAGGGUCACUGGGUUUACAUGCUACCUCGAAGCUCUCUAAUAGUCUCGGGGGAGCACAGGCAGCAGGUGGCCCAGCCCACCGCUCUCCACUGGGCCAGAGGAGGCAGGAGGGACUCGGUGGUCAAGCUGGAGUGAGCCAACACCAACAGCAGAACUCCAGUGCUUCAAAGCCAACCUCCUCCCCUCCGCCAUCAGCUCGAGACCGAGUUAGCCAGGCCCUGAGCCUCCGAGCCCUCAACCUGCAGAGUGUGAGCAAGCCCGCUCCUGGCAACGGCGUACAGGGAAACAGCAUGGGUGGCACUACAGCAGCGGCAUCAAGGUCAAGCCUGAGGAGUGGUGCCAGCCCCAUUGGAAAAGGGGGAGCAGGAAAAGAGACCCGCAUGUUAGUGGGUCCAGCCACAGGGAGCAGCGCAGACCAGGGGAGAGUGAGAGAGGAGAGGUCGAAGGACAUGGGGCUUGAAACUGAGAGGGAAAGCAAGGGAACAGGGGGUAACUUCGGAAGGGGAAAUGGCAGAAUUGAGAAAGGAAGCGGAGGAGGCGGUAGUGGGAGACAAGAAGAACGGAAACACGGGCACACUCCAAACGAGCGCACCUCUCAGAGCCGAACCCUCAACGAGCUCAGCACAGGUGACUCCGAUGAAACCAGCAGCAGUGAAUCGGAACGGGGCACCUCUCUGUAUCCCGGCAACAGGCCCAGCCUGGGCAAUGUCUCUGUGGAGCUGGACGCCGACAUGGAAACAGACUGGCGGCCAGCCCGGAGCCUUUUAGAACAUGUGUUUGUCACCGACGUCACUGCCAACUUCAUCACGGUGACAGUGAAGGAAUCGCCGACCAGUGUCGGAUUCUUCAACUCCCGGAAUCACUGAAGGCUGGGAAUUCCUACAAUGGUGCUCACCUGGACUUGUUGGCCACUGACAGCAACAGCACCGUCUCACCAGACCAUCAUUUUGGACAAUUCUUGAAUUAAUGGAUGUAUAACAAGGCCCACCCCAGUGCCUCGAGUUCAUUUGAACUCAACAAAGGAUUGUCCUGGCGUCAGACCCAUUAUCAUCAUUCCAGUUGCUUCAGUCAGUAAGACAUUUUUGUUUGACGGACCUAUAUUGGACACUAUGAAGAGGCUCUAACUGGGGCAGCAUGUAAAAACAGGAGAAAAAAAAAGUCUGUCUGUGAUAAGUAAACACACACCCAGGCAUACCACAUAUUACAUUUUUUUCAGUUCUUUGGACCAAAGGUGUUUCAAAUGUGAAUAAUUUGUUUUUACUCUCUGACAGUAUUUCUUGCACUGCACACAGGAUAUGUCUAUGCUACGUCUUAAUUUUUAAUUCAUCUCAAGAGACAAUUCAUCUUGAUAAUUUUUAUUCUGUUUUAUACCAUUGUAAUACAAUAGUACCCAAUUACAGUUAUAAUAAUAUCUUUUGGAGUUGAAAUGUUUUAAUUUAUAUUUGUAAAUACGUUUUUUUUUUCCUUGUGAUAUCUUUAUCUGGUGCUUAUAUGGCUUACUAGCUUCAGAUACUUGUAGCCUGUGUGCCUCCUUGCCAAAUUGAAGGUAUUUGGA